AUGGCUGCACGAUAUGAACCAACACCAACUCCUAAUCUGCCUGGAUACGCAUUGGGAGAAAAACUAGGCGCUGGAUCUUAUGGUACUGUGUAUAAAGCACGACUGAUACCCGCAAACCAAUCUCGUCCAAGUUCCGCAUUAGCUACUCGUCCAACGUUUUAUGCGGUCAAAUGUAUCAGUCGUAAGGCUCUCACUAAAACUACUCCUGAUAUUCUUAUCAACGAAAUCAAAUUAUUGAAACAGAUUAAACAUGAAAACAUUGUCGAAAUGUAUGAUUUCUCGUGGGAUGAAAAUUAUAUCUAUAUUGUAAUGGAAUACUGCGCUGGUGGCGAUAUGUCUAUGUUUAUACGUUCACGUCAAAGACUGUCAGAAGCUCGUGUUCGACCAUUCGUACAACAAAUUGCUCGCGUACUAAGAUUUCUCUAUGAAAAACGCAUCAGUCAUAUGGAUUUAAAACCUGAAAAUAUCCUUUUAACAUCCACCGAUAGGCCAGUACUAAAAGUUGCAGAUUUUGGUGUGGCACAACAUAUUGGCAAACGCGGCAGUCGAAGUAUUCGUGGAACUUUACUGUACAUGGCACCGGAAAUCUUAUCUUCUCGACCAUAUGAUAAUCGUGUUGAUCUUUGGUCUAUUGGUGUUAUACUCCAUGAAUGUUUGUUUGGUCGUCCACCGUUCACGAGUUCAUCUGUUGAUGAGCUAAUUGCAGAAAUUAAAUCAGAUAAUCCAAUCGAAAUUCCAGACGAUGUCAAAAUAUCUUCCGAUUGUCGAAAUCUGCUCGAAGGUUUAUUACAACGUGAUCCUGAUAGGCGAAUUAGCUUCCGAAAUUUCUUUCGUCAUCCGUUCAUUUGCAUUGAUUUAUCUUCUCAGAUACUUCGCGCAGACGAAUAUGUUCAAAGAUCACUGCAUCAUGAACAAUUAGGUAAUCUUAAGAAAGCGUUGGAUUACCAAGUGAAAGCGCUGGAUGAAUACGUGGCUAUUAUUAAAGUCGAUGAAGAUGAUAAUCGCAGGCGAACAAUAAGAACAAAAGUGAAACAAGGCUUAGCCGCUGCUGAAGUACUGAAACGACGAAUAAGAGAAAUGAAUUCUCCUCCGGUGACAACGGUAACUGUACCAACACCGCCAUCCGAAAAUCUUGAUUUGAGAAAUGAUAAAGAACUUUCUGAAGCUUACCAACGUUGUUUAAAUGGCAAUCAGCUUAUGAACGUUCACCGAUAUGGUCAGGCGUGUGAAGAAUACCAAAUGGGUUUAAGUGUGAUGCUUCGUGCUAGAAAAACGGAAACAGAUCCUGAUAAAAGUAAAAUUCUCCACAAUGUGAUCUCAUUUUAUUUAAGUAAAGCCGAACAAUGUAAAGCGAAAAACGAAGCUCAACAGCUAGAUAUUGAUAUGGCGAAGAUCCAAGAAGAUAGUGCACUAGAUAAUACAAUGUUAGACGACUCUCGCACAAAAUCAGCGACUCAACAAAAUUGUUGCUUACAGUGA